AUGGUCGCCCCUUCCCCUCCCCUGGCCCACCCGCCGUCCACUGUGGGGCGACCCCAUGGCAAGAAAGAGCACCCCCAUGGGGAGCCGAGUGCCCACUGCGGCAUCAAACGCUCGUCCUUGAACCCGGGGCUGGCUCUUUGGGCGCAGAGCGUGUGGGGAGGCGCCACUCGGCGGCGAGGACCGUGCCGGGACCGCUCCGGCGGCCACUGCGCCCCUCCAUGCCUCGCGCCCCUUCACCCCUCGGGCACCCUGGGCACCGGCGGCGGCCUGGACGGCUCCCGGAUCCGGGGCUCCGGGCCGGCUCGGGCGAUGGUGUCGCUGCGCCAAGAUCCAGCCAGCACCGAGUUUCCCUCUUCGGACGCCCUGGGAAGCAGCCCCUGCGGCUGCCACAUGCAGACCCGGGACGACUCCGGGGGCCCCGUUCCACAGGAAAGCCCCAGCUUUUGCUGCGCGUCCUACGAUGGAGACGGCAGGGCGGCCCGGACGACCUCCGAGUCCUCGCAAAGCUCCAGCCCCUCCUCGCCGCCCCUGGACCCCAGCUACAGAAGGGUUCCCGCCGGCCAGGCUCUGCACGCCGAGAAGGCUGCCUACCGGGGCGGGGAGACGUUCCGGCGGCUCAGCUACGAGGACGGCAGGCCCCUCCGGGACAGCCUGCGGGCGCCCUUCCACCCCUACAAGAGGCGCCUGGCUGAGGAGGCCUUCCCCGAGCCCCACCUGCCCGGGGAGGGGCACCCCUUCAAGGUGGCCGGCGCGGGCGACUUCGCGGAGAUGGUCGGGCCGGCGGCGCCCGCGGAGGUGGAGAUGUACCCGCUGCACAUGGCCGCCUGGUGCACGGGCCUCCCGUUCGACGGGCAGGGGCCAGAGCCCCCCGCGCAGGUGCUGGACGCGCACGUCAAGCUGAAGACACCCCCGCUGGAGGAGCCCCCGGCCCUCUACGGCUACCGCGCGCCCGUGCCGCAGGUGUACUGCCCGUCGCACCCCUUCCAUCAGUAUCCCAUGGGAAGCGGCCACCCCUUCGGCUACAUUUCGGCAUCCCCCUUCCCCUACCAACGGCUCGGUCCCCAGAGCACCCAGGAAUACCCUCAGCCGCUGUUUCCAAAGCCCAUCUACUCGUACAGCAUCCUCAUCUUCAUGGCGCUCAAGAACAGCAAAACCGGAAGCCUUCCCGUCAGCGAGAUCUACAAUUUCAUGACUGAACAUUUCCCCUACUUCAAGACCGCUCCGGACGGCUGGAAGAAUUCCGUCCGCCACAACCUCUCGCUCAACAAGUGCUUUGAGAAGGUGGAGAACAAGUCCGGCAGCUCAUCCAGGAAAGGCUGCUUGUGGGCCCUGAACCCGGCCAAGAUCGACAAGAUGCAGGAGGAGCUGCAGAAAUGGAAGAGGAAGGACCCCAUCGCCGUCCGGAAAAGCAUGGCCAAGCCAGAAGAACUUGACACCCUGAUAGGGGAGAAGACGGAAGCGCUGCGGCCCUCCAUGCUGGGGGUGGCGGCCCCCACAGGCCCCCGGCCGGGGGCCCUGCAGCACCACCGCCUGCGCGAGCCGCCCGCCUCCCCUGGCACGACGCCCGUGGCUCCCGCCCAAGGACCCUUGCCGGCCAGGCACUCGCUGCCCGGCAUGCUGGGGGAGCCGCGGGCGCCCGGUUGCCAGGCGGCCCCCCCGGGCUUCCCGCCCGCGCCGCCCGCCUUCCCGCCGCAGCUGCCCGGCGCCUCGCCCGGCCCUUUCCCCGCCGUGGAGGCACAGAGCGGCUGCCCGGGCCACGACUCCCCGCUGCCUGCCCAGACGCCCCCGGGGCGCGGCAUGAAGAGGCUGCCGGCUCCCCGCGCCAUGCAGGAGGUGCUGCUCCCGGAAGGCGACCUCAGCAACGACAUCGACGCCCUGAACCCGUCGCUCACGGAUUUCGACCUGCAAGGAAACCUCUGGGAAGAGCUGAAGGACGACAGCCUGGCGAUGGACCCGCUGGCCCUCAUGCCCCCUGCCCCCGGACCGCCCCCGUGCUUCCCCAGCCCGUGCCGGACGGAGGAGGAUCCCGAUGGGGCCCCCGGCGGCUCCCAGCACCCCUCCCUGCCCAACAUCCACCUCGCCACGCUGUACUCCGCCUUCGUGGAGCUGGAAACGGGGUCCCCCCCCUACCUGAAUAAUCCGGGCUCCAAGCCCAUUGCUCUGGUCUGA